AUGGAUCAUUUAGCAAAUGAAGCAGUAAUAGAAGGGCUAAAAUCUGGACGAGUCAUUAUACUACCAUUAAGUUUUCAAGGAGGCCCUAGAGUAAUGCAACAAAAUUAUCAAGAUGCAAUGGCAAUCGUCCGAAAAUAUGGUAAACCCGACUUAUUCAUCACAUUUACAUGUAAUCCAACAUGGAGAGAAAUUGAAGAGCAUCUAUUUCCUGGACCAGCUCCGUCGGAUAGAGCUGAUCUAAUUACCAGAGUGUUUAAACUCAAACUUGAUGAACUUAUUGAUGAUCUCUUCAAGAAGCAUAUAUUGGGAAGAACGAUUGCCCAUGUCUUCGUAAUUGAAUUUCAAAAGCGUGGCUUACCACAUUGCCACAUGCUUAUUAUUCUGGACAGCGAAGACAAAAUAAAAGAUGACAAUCAUAUUGAUCGCAUCGUAUGCACUGAAAUACCCGAUGCAGCCCGAUUCCCACAAUUAUAUGAAUGUGUAGGAAGACAUAUGAUUCCUGGACCAUGUGGAACAUUAAAUCCACACUCUCCUUGCAUGGAAGAUGGAAAAUGUUCAAAAGAAUUUCAAAAAGAAUUUCAAAAUGUAACUAUGGCAAAUAAGGAUGGCUAUCCUCGAUAUCGUCGAAGAGAUAAUGGAAUUACAAUGGCCAUUGGCAAGUAUGAAGUUGAUAAUCGAUGGAUAGUCCCUUAUAAUCCAUAG